AUGAGUUCUUUCCCUGUGGAGAAGAAGGAGGACAACGCUCUUGCCCCUGUCGCCUCCAUCGACGAUGAAAAACUAGGCCACCGAACCGAGAGCGGCGAGGACCAUAGCAUCAUCGAAGGCUCCGAAGGUGUCACUCAGCAUGACCUGGAUACACUGAGGCACGUUGCCGAUCGUCUCCCCUACACAGCAUGGUUGGUCGUCAUCGUUGAGUUCGCUGAACGUUGGACCUACUACGGUACUACGAAUAUCUUCAACAACUAUAUUCGUGCUCCCUUGCCUCGCUUUUCGACUACUGGCGCGGUUAUUGCUGCUGAUCGCGCUGAAGGCAUCGCUGGCGCUCUCGGUAAAGGCCAGCAGAUCUCUUUCUCCAUCAGGACUUUCAACAGCUUCUUCGUCUAUGUCACCCCCUUCCUCGGCGGUAUCAUCGCAGAUACGAUGUGGGGACGCUACACCACGAUUUUGGUCUUUUCGAUCGUUUGUUUAAUUGGCCACGUCAUUCUUGUUGCCUCCGCCUCUCCUGCUUCUCUUGCCCACCCUGACACCGCAAUGGGGUUGCUGAUCUUGUCGAUUGUUGUCAUCGGCGUUGGAGCAGGUGCUAUCAAGGCCAAUGUCUCGCCCAUGAUCGCAGAACAAUAUACGGGGAAACUCCGUAAAGUCACCCUGCCUUCCGGAGAAACGGUCAUUAUGUCCCCUGCAGUUACGAUCCAGAGCAUAUAUCUCUGGUUCUACGCUGCGAUCAAUUUCGGCUCGUGCGGUGCCAUCUCCGCAUCCUUCGUAGCACGAGAUCACGGUUACUGGGUUGCUUAUCUCAUCCCAACUGGUAUCUUCUGCUUGGUGCCCCUUGCCCUCAUCGCUGGAAAGAAGAACUAUGUGAUUACCCCACCCCGCGGCUCUAUCCUUCUCGAGACUGUUCGCGUUAUUGGUAUGGCCCUGGGUCCUCGAUGGUCAAUCAACCCUCUCCGUACCAUAAGGGCAAUCAAGGCAAAAGAUUUUUGGGACCCUGCCAAACCAAGUUAUUAUGAAGAAGGCAAAGUUCCUACGAAAAUCACUUGGGAUGACGAGUUCGUUGGCGAAGUCUCACGUACUCUCAAUGCAUGCAACGUCUUUUUAUUCUUCCCCUUUUUCUGGCUCUGCUAUUCCCAGAUUGACGGAAAUCUCGGAACGGUUGCUGCCGGAAUGACACUGAAUGGUAGUCCCAACGAUCUCAUUCAAAAUCUGAACCCAAUCAGCAUUAUCAUUAUGAUUCCUAUCUUCGACAAAAUCAUCUACCCACUCCUAAGGAAGAGAGGUAUCAACUUCACGCCUAUCAAACGCAUCUACGCAGGAUUCCUUGUCGCUGGUCUCGCCAUGGUCUACUCCGCCGUCUUGCAGGUCUACAUCAACAAAACUUCCCCAUGUCACGAUAACGAGCCCUCAGCGUGUACCAAGGCAGAUGGUACACCAAACCCUUCCCCACUCAAUGUUUGGAUCGUCUCCGGACCAUACAUCUUGGUUGGUCUCUCCGAGAUCUUCGCGUCCAUUACCUCUUUGGAGUACGCCUUCACCAAGGCACCAAAACGCAUGAGGUCUGUCGUCAUGGCGUUCUCACAAUUCCAAACCGCCCUUUCCUCCGCCCUCAACUUUGCCCUCGUCGCAGUUAACGUCGAGCAGAAGUUUGUGUGGCUCUUUGGUUCAUUCGCCGUGACGGCUUGGAUAGUUGGUACGAUUUUCUUCUUUACUUUCCGGGAUCUCGAUAGGCGGGAAUUGGAGCUCAAUGCCAUUGGGCAAGGAAAUCGUAAAGGGUUUGCUGGAGAAAAGGAAGCGACGACUUAA